ACGAUAUUUGAUGUUACUCCCGUUGUAGCUAGCAGAGUACUUUCCUUGUUGUAUGCGCUCCUUUGUGGGGGGAGAUUAUAAAUUAUAAUUUUCUUUUAGUUUUAAUAAAAAUUGGCGACAUGGCGGGGAACUUCUGGCAGAGUUCUCAUUAUCUGCAGUGGGUUCUGGAUAAGCAGGAUCUGAUGAAGGAGCGCCAAAAGGAUCUGAAGUUCCUCACAGAAGAAGAAUACUGGAAGCUGCAGAUAUUUUUCGCUAAUGUCAUCCAGGCUUUGGGUGAGCAUCUGAAGCUCAGACAGCAGGUCAUUGCCACUGCCACAGUCUACUUCAAACGCUUCUAUGCCAGGUAUUCUCUUAAAAGUAUAGAUCCUGUGCUCAUGGCGCCAACCUGUGUUUUUCUGGCCUCUAAAGUUGAGGAAUUUGGCGUGGUGUCCAACACCAGGCUGAUUUCUGCUGCAACAUCUGUUUUGAAAACCAGGUUUUCCUAUGCCUUUCCAAAGGAGUUUCCCUACAGAAUGAAUCAUAUAUUAGAGUGUGAGUUCUACCUUUUGGAGUUGAUGGACUGCUGCCUGAUCGUGUACCAUCCCUAUAGACCAUUGCUGCAGUACGUGCAGGAUAUGGGACAGGAGGACAUGCUGCUGCCUCUGGCCUGGCGAAUAGUGAACGACACCUACAGGACAGAUCUCUGCCUGCUCUACCCUCCCUUCAUGAUUGCCCUGGCCUGCCUUCAUGUUGCAUGUGUUGUGCAACAAAAAGAUGCCAGGCAGUGGUUUUCUGAGCUCAGCGUGGACAUGGACAAAAUCCUGGAGAUCAUCCGUGUCAUUCUGAAGCUCUAUGACCAGUGGAAAAAUUUUGAUGACAGGAAGGAGAUCCCUGCUGUUCUAAACAAGAUGCCCAAACCCAAACCACCUCCAAACAGUGAAAGUGAUCAGAGCUCUAAUGGCAACCAAAGCAACUCCUACAGCCAGUCUUAGCACUUUGGCUGCAUCUCCACCAGAGUCCUGAUUGAUAAACUUUUUGGGGGGGUGUUUUCAGGCACACAGAACAAUCUUUGCAGUAUCACAGAGAUAACCUGGUCAGAAUGUCCUUCAUAUAUGGAUACCCCAAUGACCUCUUGAGGUCACUCAGCUACCUUUGCUCUGAUUAUUAUGGAUUCAUGGACUCAACACGCAACAACUGAAACAACUCCAGUGAACAGCCACCCUUCUCCAUUAGAUGAUUUACUCUGACAUGUAAUACGGUAGAACAGAGGAGCAAGGAAACGGGGGAACAAAUGUAAUCAUUCAGUAAAAGCCUACUCAUUGUGAUGAUCCUGACAGCCUUGAAUCAUUCUGUGGAGUUAUUCCACACAGAGCUCCAUUGGGUUGGAGAAAGAAAAUAAAUAUAUCACAAGUACUGUAUGUGCAGGUGUGUAGUGCAGCCAGUCUGGGUGGGAUUUUAUUCCUCAGGGAUUGAUGUGAUUCUGUGCUUUUUGGGUGGAUUGAUAUUGAGAUACCCCAGUGUGGAGAUGGGAUGGAAAACUUCUAGAAAAGUCUUCAGUCUGAUCUAAAGGAAGUGGAAAGCUCAUCUUUAAAGUACAAAAUAGUUCUGUGAAUAACAAUUGACAUUUUGAUUAAUGUUGACUCUUCAUUCCCAUUUCCUCCUCUUAUGUAAAUAUGAUAGAUUAAAACUUUUCCUUUUUUUUUUGCUUUCUAAAAGAACAAUAUGCUUUCUAAAAGAACAAUAUGGAAAUGUUCAGUUUUAUUGUACUUUGUGCUAAACAAUAAAGUGCACCUUUUGGUUUUA